UAUUUUCACCGAAAGAUCACUGAAUUCAUUCUGGACGCGGAAUGUUUCAGCAUGCCUCCGGCCUGAUGAUCUCUCCCUUUAUCUGCUUGCUGGUGAUCGAUAUAAAAUUGCAGUGGAAACAAGGCCGCGCACUACAUAGGCAGCGUUGUUUCGCGUUCCCCGGAGGGAUCUGAUUGCAAACGAAUGCGGCGGGGUUACGGUCUCCCUUCAUAGACGAUUAAUCCAGUUUACUCGCAGACGUUACCUCGGCAUGGGGUUCUUGUAAGCCGAGAAUCCGCACAAACGUCCCUCCCGCGCUUAAAUAUAUUCAAUUACGAGACUCGAACCUCUGCGCCUCCUCAUCGUCUUCCUGUCUUUGCGUCUCUCUUUCUCUUCCUUUAUUCCUCUCUAAUGUUUCCCACUUUCAUUCAUUUACUUCGUGCAGCCGCUUUCUCGCCAACUGCCAAAGUCCCGACUUUCCGUUUCCGUUUCGGCCCCUCUCAAGAACACGGUUUUACGCGCUGCUGAUCUCUUCGACAAAUUCUUCGGCAGUCGGCGAGUUUGUCUCACUAAAAUAUGCGCUGUCUUAUUAUCGGACUUUUCGCUGUACGAAUGGCAUCAGAAUAUGUCAAGUGUCUUUACUAGUCUUAUCAAUUAGAUCUUACUUUAAGGUUGCAACUGAUAACUGUGAUGUAACACAUGUAACAUUUUCCUUAUAGCAUGGAUGAUACUUUAAACUUUUAGCACAUCUAGAUAAAUAAAUAAUUUUUAAUAAGGUUCGUGGAUAUCAUAAUAUCGAGUACAUUUCUUAUAUUUUGCAUCGUGUUAAUACGUUAAAUGGAAUUAAAAAGGAAUUUUAAAAAAUGUGUAAUGUUCCACACAUGAAUACACGCUAAGCUCUGAGUAGCUUUAUGAAAGAUGUAUAUAUUUGAUAUCGCUUUCGACAGAAUCUUCAAUUUUAAUAAUAUGAAUAUUAUCGUAAUAAUUUGAAAGGCAAUAGGAAUUGAAGCUGUUGAAAAUGCGGAAAGUCGAGACGUUGCGGUUUCGCGAGACAGAUAUUUCCCGAUAUUUUUUAUCAUCAUGCCACAAGGGUUGAAUGACAGAGCAAACACAGAGCAGAGCAUAGGUAUAGUUAGAGUGAGCGAGAAAGAGCAAGAUAGAGAAAAAUAGAGGGAACAAAUGAUAGAGAGAGAUUGAGGGAGAAAGGGUCACGGAACCGGGGAGAGGGUGCGGAACGAGAGAGGAAAAGAGAGUUAAGCCUGCAGGCUACAGACAGAGGCACCAGAGUAUAGUAGCGAGCGACGGCAGCAGCAGCAGCAGCAACAGCAGCAGCAGCAGCAGCAGCAGUAGCAGCAGCAGCAGCAGCAGUAGCAGCAGUGCGGCGCAAAGCGAAAGCAGGAGGGAGACAGGCAUCUCGCCCUUCUUUUGUCCCUCGGCUUCGGCCCGAUAUUGAAAUGGAGUCGUUUGAGUGUGAAUAAUUUGCUUUGCCCGGGCCCACCCCUCCACCGCCGCCGUCAUGCCGUCCCUCUCCUUUGCCGCUUUCGGCCCGGCGCGACUACCACCGCGAUCGGCCCCCGUGUACCCUCGUUCCCCCCCAUCGCGACCCUCGUCAACCCCUCAGCAGACGGCACCGCCGCGUUAUUUCGCCGGCGAGACCGGUGCGUUUCGCGAUUUCCGAUCGUGGUCGCGAAUCGACCUUCCGCUAAUCUUCAGAGUUCUGCCAAGACGCGUUUCUCUGCGUUGCGGUCGGCCAACAUCUCCGACCUGACCCCGAUCAGAAAUCUCUUCUCGUAUGAACGACGCGACACUUCGAUUCGAAGGCACGUACGCGCGUAUGUCCUGAGGUAUCCCGAGGUAUGGAUCAUUAUAAAUUCCGUGGUGAAUUGCCGCGCACACUCAAUCGAGUGCGACCCUGAUGCAUCGGGUAUGACGAUUUCGUUCCUCAUUUCUCGGAUGCUGAUCAGAUUGGGUACACCGGUGAAUUGAUUAACGCCAACGAGUCAUCGUCACGCAGCGCACCGGCGAAAUCCGCGCGACUGGAAUGGAUGACACGUACGACACGCAUGCCGUGCAUAACGAGCGGAGUUAAAAUUACAUCGACGUAAUCGUCGCACAUAACACGGCCUUGCUCCGACCCGUGAAAUAUGUUAACCAACCGAUCAUCGGUUACGGACGAUAGAGAAGAUCGAUGAUGGAUUAGACGAGUCAAAGACGCCUCUCUCAAAAUUCAAAUCGUCAUGAAGAGAAACAAGAGCAUUCCUACGCGAGAUGCCCGUUAACGGAUGUUUUUUCGGCGACCACACGAUAUUCUCUUUGUGAAUUUCAAUGAGUUUACUUGUAUAGAAAUGUUUCAAGGCAUUAACAUAAAUAGUAAGGAAUUCUUCGAUCUUACUUCUCUUUGCUUCAGUUAUGAAGAGUAAUUUUUCCAAAACAAGUGUUAUACAAUUUAAUUUUAUACACACACAUUUUGAUGUUAAAUAUUAAAAAAGAAUCCAUAAAACUGUGACAUAAACAUAUCGCGCAAAAUGCCUUUGUAUUUGUUUCGCCGUAAGCCGCCGUGGAAAUGGCGGGUCUCGUAUACAGCGAGCGCGAGCACGCGUUCAGCUCUUUUUAAAUUUAAUCGUCGGUAUAGGACAGAAGUGCGAUUUCUUCCGCUUUGUGUGGCCGGAACAAACGCAAUGUGCGAAAAGACACGAAAGGCAGAGCUCGCAGUUGAGGAAGCCGAAGAGGAGAGUCGAACUGUACAUCGCCAGGCAUGCCGACGAGCAUUGAAGAGCGCCGCUUUUGUUGAAAAGACGCCCGCACGCCGACAAAGCGAAGGUGAACGCGCGCGCGAGAGCGACCGGAUGAUGAGCCAACAAUGAUCGAGGAUUCAUCGGUCUUUUAGGAGGCCAAUGUCACCCGUCGGUUGGCGAACGCGCCACUACCCCGAGCGCGCAUUCUCCUUAGGCAUGCAGAACGCAUACGGGACACCUUGUAUAUAAUCUACUGGCAGCAGCCAUCGGAAAUCAGUCAGCUCCUCAAACAGAACCAGUCAACCACCAUCGUCCAACGAUGAAGGUACUCGUCAGCGUCGUUCUUUUGGCUGCCGUGGUCCUCGCUGAACCGCCGAGGUAUCGCCAGCAAUAUCAGCAACAGAAACAGUAUUACUACGCUCAGCAGCAGGAGGAGGCUGCGCCUUACCCCGCAUCCGGUUGGAGACCAGCGGGACGCGCUUUUAAUCUCCCUCAGAGACAAUCUAAACAGCAAUACGAAACGCCGGAUGCUCCUCAGCAACAAUAUGGAGCGCCAGAUGCUCCUCAGCAACAAUAUGGAGCGCCGGAUGUACCUCAGCAGCAAUAUGGGGUACUGAAUGCUCCUCGGCAGCAAUAUGGGGCACCGAAUGCUCCUCGGCAGCAAUUCGGGGCACCAAACGCGCCUCGGCAACAAUUCGGGGCACCAAACGCGCCUCGGCAACAAUUCGGGGUACCGAAUGCGCCUCAGCAGCAAUACGAGGCACCGAAUACGCCUCAGCAGCAAUAUGGGGCACCAAACGCGCCUCGGCAACAAUUCGGGGUACCGAAUGCGCCUCAACAGCAAUAUGGGGCACCCACGGAUCCCCAGCGCGAAUAUGGAAUACCGGAAGAGCCCACGACCGAAGUUCCUAAUAGCACUGAAGAAGAAGAAGAAAUAUCUACCGUCCAAGGCAUCACCGACUCCGAGUCUGAGCCCGUGAACGCUGCGAACGAGUUCGAAGACGAGGAUACGGACGAGAAGCAACCCCAGCAAACCGGGGAGUACUACGUCGCCCUUCCUGACGGUCGUCUGCAACGCGUACGAUAUAUUAGCCGCCAGAACGUCGAGGCCAUGAAGUAUUUCGCCAAAAUCCGUGCCGAAAACGUGGAGCCGCUUCGUGGACCGAUCUACGCGUACGCACCCCUGCAAAAGCUGCAGAUCGUGCCGACCGGCUUACAAGUGUCCGUUACUCCGGUCGCCCCGGUCGCCGCGGUCGGAUCUGCGGACGCCAAGCCGCAGAAAUUCGAGAUCGAGCCUGUGGCAGCGCAGGUGCAGUAUCAGUACGACAACCCCUCGAGCGUGGUGCCCCUGACCAACCCCCUCAGCACCUCCUAUGCCACCUACACGGCAAAUUACCAAGCACCAAGCGAAUCCAGAUACCUCCUCACCUUCCAGUGAACGGCCGAAAUUAACGACAUUGGCGACAACCCUUGUAAAUUCUACUGUACAUGUUGCGUAAACUAUACUAAGUGUACUCACAAUUAGGCUAAGCUGACGACGUAAUAAAGCUGAUGGUAACGAAA